AUGAUGGAGGUCAAGUCUCAGCAGUCCAGGCUUUGGCAACCAAGGAAGAGAGACGAGAGAGAGCAUACGACAAGAAGGUGGGGGAAAUCCGACGACCAGAAAAGAGUACAAGACGGAAACGAUCUUAACGGACGACUUUGUUUUUCAACUUGUGAUUGUGAUAUUUUUUUCAACUUUGAUAAUACAUAUAAAGUUAUUAGGAUAUCAAAAAGCAGGAAGGCCACGACCCCCUUGGCCCCUAACGAGGGUCCGCCACUGAGUACUCGGGAUUCUGACGUUUUGAUGUUGUCCAUGUUGGCAACGCUUGCAAAAGUCGAUCGUUUCUUCUUACGAAGGCUCUUAAAUACUGUAAAAACCCUAGAGAUGGAGUGGAAUCAACAAACCGUACAGUUUCUGUCGGAAUCUUUCCUUGGUACACUCUCCCCUCAACCAGAACCCCGCCGCCGUGCUGAGAAAAACUUAUCCGACGCCGCCGAUACUCCUAACUACGGCCCUGCCGUUCUCCGCCUCGUUGCUGAAACUUCCGUGGACGAGCAGAUCCGACAAUGCGCCUCUGUUAACUUCAAGAACCAUCUUAAAACCCGGUGGGUGCCCUCAUCUGUAACCCGUAUUCCCGAUGGUGAGAAAGAGCAGAUUAAGACUCUAAUAGUCCCUCUCAUGCUCUCAACUACGCCGAGAAUCCAGGCUCAACUUAGCGAAGCCUUAGCUGUGAUCGGGAACCAUGACUUUCCAAAGUUGUGGCCGGAUUUGCUUCCGGAGUCGACGAUCAGUCUCGAAACGGCUAUCAAUGCGGAUGAUAUUACCUCAGUUAAUGGUGUUCUCACGACUGUUAAUUCUUUGUUUAAGAAAUUCCGGUAUCAGUUCAAGAGUGAUCCGGUUCUGCUUGAUUUGAAAUACUGCGUUGAUAACUUCGCUGCACCGUUAUUGAGCACCGUUGAGAGUAUUUCAGGGAAGAUAAAUGCUGCUGCUAGGUCUGUUGCAACGGUCCGUCAAUUAAUUGAAGCACAGAUACUCUGUUGUCGGAUAUCGUAUUCGCUAAACAAUUUGGAUUUGCCCGCGUUUUUUGAGGACAAUGCAGAUAAAUGGAUGAAUGAGUUUAAGAAUUAUCUGACUGUGAGGUAUCCGGAUAUUGAGGAUGGCGAUGGAGAUGGCCUUUCACUUGUUGAUGAGCUACGAACAGGUGUAUGUGAAAAUCUAAUCCAUUACAUGGAGAAAGAGGAGACACUGUUCCAAAAGUACUUAAAGGAGUUUGUAGAAGCUGUUUGUAGUUGCAUCAGCAUCGCCAAACCGUGA